AUGUGGGUCUGUCUCUCGCUAUCACUAUUGAAUAUAGCGUAUUGUUGCUGCCAGGCAGUUCCAGAGGGUCUGGUGCAACGUGGACCACUCAUAAUGUUUGUUCUGGUUGCCGUUUUGGUAGUCCUUGCCACUUAUGUGGUGGCUAUUCGUUGCCCGGAUUGCGGGACUGUUCCAGUUCCGUAUCCGCUCAGCACUUCCCCCACGUGUGGGCACCAGUCAUAUAAGAUCCGGUGUGAUGCGGGUGUGUUAAAGUUUGACACACUCAAUAACACUUACCCUGUCAUAUCGAUAACCCCAAAAAACCAACGCCUUGUGAUUGGGCAAUCACUCUUCUUACCAAACACUUGCAUCAUGGCUGAUCUUCCUACCUUGGGCAUAAAACUGAACACCUCUAUGCCCUUCACUAUUUCCUUAAACAACACUAUAUACUUCUUCAACUGUACGGAUACAAUGGGGACGCAUUCCUUAGAUUGUACAUCAACAAGCCCUUGCUAUGCCUACCAGAACGCCUUACCUCAGAUGUCCCUUUGUCGACAGACCCCACGUUGUUGCUCCUACCUAAAGGGCAGCUCAACAAACCUUUAUUCUGUUCUGCUCAUUAUGGACCGAUGCAGGGCAUACAACAGCUUUGUGAAUCUAAACAACUUGUUGCCGUAUAGUAAGUGGCCUGACCCUGCUGUGGAGUUGAUGUGGGAUUUACCACCAGAGCCACCGUGUACAGUGCAAGCUCACUGUGACUCGACCUCCACUUGCAGGGACACUAGGGAUGGCACACGAAGGUGCAUCUGCAAGCCUAAAUUCCGCUGGGAUGCAGCUGCUGGUCUAUGUGCUAAAGAUCUCAGAAAGGAAAGAUCAAGACGAAUAGUACUUGUCACAACUACAACUUGCACUAGCACCGUACUUUUUUUAACACUUGUAUUUGUGAUUACAAGGAGCAUUAAACGCCGAAGAAUCAAAGCAGCACGACAACAACUUGCUCGUGAGCGUGAAGAAAUAGUAGGGGCUAGUGGUAUUAGAAAAUCUGCCAAGAUCUUCACAAACAAAGAAAUCAAAAGGGCAACAAACAAUUUCUCAUCAACCGGGCUUCUAGGUGUUGGAGGUUUCGGAGAAGUGUAUAAAGGUUUGAUGGAUGAUGGCACCACGGUAGCGGUUAAAUGUGCUAAGCUUGGAAACACCAAAAGCAUUAACCAAGUCUUGAACGAGGUUCGAAUUCUAAGUCAAGUUAAUCAUAAGAACCUCGUACAUCUUCUUGGUUGUUGUGUAGAACUUGAGCAGCCAUAUUUGGUGUACGAGUACAUUCCAAAUGGGAGCCUCUUUGAUCACUUGCAUGAUCGAAAUAAACGGCCAUUGACCUGGAUUCAACGGCUAGGUGUUGCUCAUGACACUGCAGAGGGGCUUGCAUACCUCCAUUUCUCUGCCUCUCCGCCAAUCUAUCAUCGUGAUGUGAAGUCUAGCAACAUUUUACUCGAUAACAAGAUGAAAGCAAAGGUUGCGGAUUUUGGUUUGUCAAGACUAGCUCAAACGGAUGCAACACAUGUGACGACUUGUGCACAAGGUACGUUGGGGUACCUAGAUCCGGAUUACUAUUGGAACUAUCAGUUGACAGAUAAGAGUGACGUUUAUAGCUUUGGAGUGCUAUUAUUGGAGAUACUAACGGCUCAAAAACCUAUCGAUUUUGGUAGAUCGGUGGAAGAUGUGAACUUGGUCGCGUACAUCAAACGAAUUGUAAAUGAGGAACGAUUAGUGGAUUCUAUUGACCCAACUCUUAAGAUCAACGCAAGUUCGUUGCUCAUUGAUGCUAUGAAAUCAUUUGGGUACCUUGCUCUGAGUUGCUUGGAAGAAAAAAGAGAAAAUCGGCCUUCUAUGAAGGAAGCAUCAGAAGAAAUCGAGUACAUCAUGGGUAUCGUUGCAACCACCUCAGAAGAUCAUCUUCAAGAUAGAUAA